AUAUGGCGGCGGUUACUGAUUCCCUCGAGCAGUCUUUCCGUACCUUCUCCCUCAACCACCGUCUGGUCUCAGCUCCCCCCUCGGCCGGUGUUCGUAGGUCGUCGUCUUCUUCUUCUUCCGCCGACCAACGUCAUCUUUCUCUUAAUCAACAUCAUCGCUUCGACACAACCUUGGAGCUCAACUCUCACAUCUCCCUCCCUCCUUUCUGGGAACAAUGCCUCGAUUUGAAGACUGGGGAAGUCUACUAUAGAAAUUGCCGGACCGGAAUGAGAGUAACGGAAGAUCCGAGGACAGCGGAAGCACACAGCCGAGAUUUAUACUCGGAAGAUGACGACGACAACGAUGCGGAUGAGAGCUCGUCGGACGACGGCAGCGAGGAGUCGUGUUCUUCGUCUUCGUACGGUGCUAGUAGGCAGCAAUACCCGCCGGGAAAGGAGGAGGACGUGCUAGUGGUUGCCGGAUGCAAGAGAUGCUUCAUGUACUUCAUGGUGCCGAAACAGGUCGAAGAUUGCCCCAAAUGCAGCAGCAGUCGUCUUGUUCAUUUCGAUCGUUCCGAGGACAGUAAUGGCUUCCCAUAAAAGAACGAACCACAAUUUUUUAAAAAUCAAACUGUGUUUGGGUUAAUUCUGACAUAAUCAUUGAUUCUUUCUCUUUGGAUUAAUUUGGUGAGCAAAGGCAAAUGGGGUUUAAUUUCGUAGCUCGAUGUAUACGCCUCUCUCCCUCCCUUUGACGUUGUUUUAUGAGUUUUAAUUGUAUGGAUAUAUAUUUUACAAAGCUUGAAUUGAGAAGCUAAAGAAAUAGAAAAGGAAUCUGGGGGGGGCCGCCAUGGAUGUGUGAAUGGGAGAUGCAGAAAAUAUGCAGGCAUGAAUGGGAUGAUGGUCAACGACUCAAACGAAGAAGAAGGAAUAACAUUUUGCUCGUGAAGACAGCGACUCAUUGCUUUCAUUAUUCCACAACCCUCUCUGAUUGAAUCGUACGCAAUUAAUUUUAAUUUUUAUGUUGUUUUUUUUU